AAACACGGUGCUAAAUGCUAAGCUCACUAUGCUACUCCGGUAAUCUGUCAGCCUUCAGCUAAUAGCAUUGCUGAGCUCCACAGUCUUCCGGCUGGAAUAUCAUCCGUCCUUUAAUGGCUGAAGAGGACUGCCUAAUGUGAUGUCGACUUGGCACUUGUGAUCAAGGACAGGCGCUGCUCAUGCUGCCACGUUCAGGCCAUAUUUUUGAGAAAAUUUAAAUCCCGGGAGGACGGCUGCUCCACAGGAGGAUGAAGCUAAGGAAACAGGUGACAGUGUGUGGAGGAGCCAUAUUCUGUGUAGCAGUGUUCUCACUCUAUCUGAUGUUGGAUCGAGUCCAACAUGACCCUGCAAGGCGACAGAAUGGAGGGAACUUUCCAAGGAGCCAAAUUUCAGUCCUGCAGAACCGGAUAGAGCAGCUGGAGCAACUUCUGGAGGAAAACCAUCAAAUUAUCAGCCACAUAAAGGACUCUGUAAUGGAGCUCACAGACACAGGAGCUGUGUCUCCCAGUGGCCACCUGCCUUUCAGAAGUGCCAAUGGUUCCUGGGUCCUACCCUUCGACGGUCGACCCACUUUCCUUGCUGUAAAACCUCAGGAUUGCCAAUUUGCUGAGGGGAACCGAGUUCAAACUGAUGUUCAGAUGCUGGAUGUGUACUCCAUUCUAAAGUUUGAUAACCCUGACGGUGGUGUAUGGAAACAGGGCUUUGACAUCACUUAUGAACCUGAUGAGUGGAAUAAUGAACCUCUGCAAGUAUUUGUGGUCCCUCAUUCUCACAAUGAUCCAGGAUGGGUCAAGACUUUUGACAAGUACUUCACAGACCAGACACAACACAUUUUAAACAACAUGGUUGUGAAGCUGGCUGAGGAUCCUCGCCGGAAGUUCAUAUGGUCUGAGAUUUCCUUCUUCGCCAAGUGGUGGGAGACUGCAGAUGUGUAUAAACAGGAGGCCAUGCGCAAGCUAAUCCUUGGAGGACAGCUGGAGAUGGUGACAGGAGGUUGGGUGAUGACGGAUGAAGCCAACGCUCACUACUUUGCCAUGAUAGACCAGCUCAUUGAAGGGCAUCAGUGGCUAGAACAAAAUCUUGGUGUAACUCCUCACAGCGGGUGGGCGGUAGACCCCUUUGGCCACAGUGCCACCAUGCCUUAUUUGCUGAAGAGGGCUAACCUGACCAGCAUGCUCAUCCAAAGGAUCCACUAUUCAAUAAAAAAACACUUUUCCUCCACACGCAGUCUGGAGUUUAUGUGGAGGCAGGCAUGGGACACUGGGUCGAGCACGGACAUGUUUUGCCACAUGAUGCCGUUCUACAGCUACGAUGUGCCUCACACCUGUGGGCCCGAUCCAAAGAUCUGUUGUCAGUUUGACUUUAAAAGGUUACCGGGAGGUCGGAUCAACUGUCCCUGGAAAGUGCCGCCAAAAUCUGUGGUGGAAGCCAAUGUAGCAGAAAGAGCACAGCUGCUUCUGGACCAGUACCGUAAAAAGUCCAAACUCUACCGCAGCAAGGUGCUCCUCGUUCCUCUAGGAGACGACUUUCGCUACGAUAAAGCCCUGGAGUGGGAUCAGCAGUACGUCAAUUAUCAGAAGCUGUUCGACUACAUGAAUUCUCACCCUGAGCUGCAUGUUCAGGCUCAGUUUGGGACUCUGACGGACUAUUUUAACGCUGUAUACAAAGCUUAUGGAGUCGCUCAAGGAUCUAGACCCGGUGACUUUCCUGUUCUUGGUGGGGAUUUCUUUGCCUAUGCAGACCGUGAAGACCACUACUGGACUGGUUAUUACACUUCUCGACCUUUUUACAAAAGCCUGGACCGUGUCAUUGAGUCUCAUCUCAGGGGAGCAGAAAUCCUUUAUAGCCUGGCGGUUGCCAACGCUCGUCAUGCAGGUAUGGAAGGACGCUACCCCGUGUCAGAUUAUGCCCUGCUGGUUGAUGCAAGACGGUCAGUUGGCCUCUUCCAGCAUCACGAUGCGAUUACCGGCACUGCGAAGGAGAACGUCGCCAUCGAUUAUGGCAACAAGUUACUGCGUGCACUUAUCGGACUGAAGAGAGUUAUCAUCAAUGCUGCUCAUUUCCUGGUGAUGAAGAACAAAGAGUUUUAUCGCUUUUACCAGACAGAGCCCUUCCUGGAGACGGAUGACAGGCGUGCGACUCAAGACUCUCUGCCUCAGCGCACCUUAAUCGAGCUGGACCCAGCAGGACCCAGGUAUCUGGUUCUGUUCAACCCCAUCGAGCAUGAGCGCCUGUGCACAGUGACCGUGCUGGUCAACACAGUCAGGGUGCGGGUGCUUACCGAGGAUGGACAGACUCUUCCUGUGCAGCUGAGUGCUCAGUGGAGCUCUGGGACUCAGAUGAGCGCUGAGGUAUUCGAGGCAACAUUUAUGGUUCGUUUGCCGCCUCUUAGUCUGGCUGUUUUCCAUCUGUAUGACUCUCCGGACUCGCCCAUGACGUUCCGCUCGGACACGGUGCUCAGGCUGUCUAGUCGUAGCGUCACUGCUAGGGCAGUUGAUCCACUUCCUGUCCGCUCUCAGCUCACUGACUCGCAGACCUUCUACAUUAGCAGUCAGGCCCUAACCCUGGGUUUCUCUGGAACCACUGGACUACUGGAGAGUAUCAAGCGGAAGGAUGAUCCUCAGGAAGUGAAGGUUCAAAUGCAGUUCGUGGUCUAUGGCACGCGUCCUUCGAAAGACAAAAGUGGAGCUUACCUCUUCCUGCCUGAUGGAAAAGCAAAGCCGUACAACCAGAAAGAACCACCUGUGGUGCGUGUUGUUGAAGGGCCUCUUUUCUCUGAAGUGGUGGCACAAUACCAGCAUUUUCAGCAGACCAUACGCAUACACAAUGUGCCAGGGGUGGAUGGUUUAUCUAUUGACAUGACUACAAUGGUAGACAUCAGAGAUCAGACCAACAAGGAGCUGGCCAUGCGACUGGUCACCAGCAUUCAGAAUGGAGAUGUCUUCUACACAGACCUCAAUGGCUUCCAGAUUCAGCCUCGUCGGUACCACCAGAAGCUUCCCUUGCAGGCCAACUUUUAUCCGAUGCCCAGCCAGGCGUACAUCCAGGACAGCCAUCACCGCCUCACUCUGCACACUGCUCAGUCUUUGGGCGUCUCCAGCCUGGAAAGUGGCCAGCUCGAAGUGAUUAUGGACCGGCGCCUGAUGCAGGAUGAUAACCGCGGGCUGGGUCAGGGCCUGAAAGACAACAAGAAGACAGCCAACCGUUUCAGGCUCCUGCUGGAGAGGAGAUUCACCGGGAACAAGCAUGAUGGCUUCUUUGCCAAACUCUCGUCCUUGUUUCGUUCUUUCAUCUCUGAAUUGUUGAGUGAAGGAGUUCGCGAGAUGAUGGACAGUCCAACAACUAGCUUCCCGUCUAUAGUCAGUCACAUGACCGCUGCUCUCCUCAACCAUGAGGUCUUGGCGCUGCCCGUUCUGCCGAAAAGACGCGGCGUCCCUCCUCUACAAACCUUCGUCCCGCUCAAGUCCGUCCUCCCCUGCGACUUCCACCUGCUGAACCUGCGCAGCAUCCAAACCCAGAAAGACCCCCUGUCUCCGUCUCCUUACACAGCCUUGAUUUUACAUCGUCUGGCGCUGGACUGUGGCUUCGAGGCUCAGAACCUUGGCUUCAACUGUACCACCACAGAGGGACAGCUGAGCAUAUCGAGUCUCUUCAAGAACGUGGACCUCCAUCUCCUCCAGCCCAUGUCUCUGACUCUGAUGCAGUCCAGCAAGCCUCUGGCCAACGACUCCACCAUCAGUCUGGACCCCAUGGAGAUCUCCACCUUCAGGAUCAAACUGCGCUAAGAGCCGUCCAGAGUAAAAACCAUCAACGCACCUCAGACUCCUUGGACCAACAUCUGAGCCCGAGCCAGCCUAAUACUGGCAACAAGUGAGUCUGGGUUUGCCUGUGUUGUUAAGCAGAACCACAAACCUACAGCCUGGAGAAGGGUCCGCUGUAACAGGACAGGCUGCACAGCAGGGGGCAGGCGGUAGCUGUUACUUCAGAGCGUGACAAAAAAAACAAACAAACCCUGGUGAGUUUAGCAGCUGCUCCAGAUCUGGAAGGACUGCCAUAAUCGCUCAUCAGAUACAACUGAUUGUCUCCACAAUCAAAAAUGAAAUCUCUUUCAGUUCUGCUUUCUAAGAACUUGCCUUUUUUUUUUUCAAUUUGUUUCCGUCCUGCACUAAAGUACUGAAUGUAAAUAUCCCAACCGGUGGAGGAGAGAGGCCGGGACUGGUGCCACAUGAAGAGUGCAAUUCACAAAGCUUUAUUUGAUGUAUGGGGUUCUGUUUUUAUUUUUCAAACGUAGUGGAAAUGGAUCACCUUCUUUCCC